CCCAACCCAGCCUAAAAAACAACUCUCAAAAAUCGACUAGGGCUUCUCAGAUUACAAUUUACAACUCUGUGUUCGAUAAAGUUUUUUCCGAAAUUGCACGGCAGAGAUUCAGAAAUCGAGAAAUAUCCGCCGGAGAUGAAGGUGAAGUCCAAAUGUCCGCCGGAGCAGAAGAAGAACGUCAAGUAUACGGAGACGAAGAAGCGGAUCAAUAAGAUUCGCAGACAACUCGAAAAAUUGGAGGAUAUAUUUAAAGAGAACAAGCGGAUCAAUAAGAUAUGCAAACAAAUCAAUAAAUUGGAAGAAAAGGAUUUUUGCGAGACUUAUACUCUCAUCUAUGACCGGGAUUCUACCGCCAAAGAAAAUCCCACUAAUCCCAAGAUAAUGCGAGAUCUUGAUGAAGCUGCUAGAAUAGCAAUCGGUUACUUCAGCAAAACAUGUUCCAUCAGAUACUAUGUGGCGGAUGUGAUCAGAGCAACCAAAUAUAUGUGCUCCGGUCGUGUAUUGUGUUUGACGUUCACCGCCAAGCCCCAGGGUUCCGAAAAAGUCCAAACUUUCAAAACGGAGAUUUACUACGAAACCGGUCAAACUGAAGUGAAAUAUGUUCAAGUUGUUGCUACCUAGCUGUGAUAUAGGGGUUUGUUGGUUGGUUGAAAACAGGUUGAAUAUAGUAAGUGGUGUUGCUUUUCAUGUAAUCAGAGUUGUGAACUACAUUUGUCUCUUUACGCAUUUGUGUUCUGAACUAUAUUUAUCUUUAUGUAUUAGGGCUGUGUGCAUCUAGAAUUUCUUUUUAUUUGACAAUAUUUUGAUGGCAAUGCCUAGAACAAUGAUGUCAAGCUUAUUUAUGCCGACGAUUUGCUUCUAUUAAUAGUCUUCCCUUUCACAUUGUUUCGUUAAGUGGACGAUUUGCUUCUAUUAAUAGUCUUCCCUUUCACAUUGUUU